AUGUCUCAAGUGAAAUAUUUCCUCGGUUUAAUUUUCAUUCAUUUGACUACAGCUUCACUACAAAUGAAUCUUCAUUUUACAACAAAUAAAGUAAGUGAAAAUGAAUAUAACGAUGGCAUAGGUGCACGAUAUAAUUGUUUCCAACUUGCUUCCAAUAUGCAAUAUGCGAGUCUUACUCGACAAAUCUCAUCUUAUUGUAUGAGCGAAUCAUCUUUCCAAUUUCAUAUUGAAAUCGAUUCCUCAUUGCGAACAUUUUCUUUCCCUGAUCUUGAGAAAAUGAAUAUCACUUGUGAAGAUCUUUAUUUAUGGUCAACACCCAUCGAUACUAUUGAGCAAUAUAAAAUCUAUUUAGAAACAAAAGAUUUCUCUUUAUCGACAUGGAUAUUUUAUAAUUGUACACUACCAAGAUUCGGACCAAUGUGUCAAUAUGAAUUAUAUAACUACCGCGAGGAUCAUUCCUCCCUAAGUGAACUGAUCUAUGAUUAUUACGAUGAACGUGGUGAUCUCAUAAUGAAUUUGACUUGUUAUACACAUAUCAAGUGCAACCGUGGUUAUUCAGCUGCAUGUUUAGAUUGGACUGAAAUUUGUGAUGGAAAAAUUGAUUGUCUGGAUGGAAACGCUGAUGAAGAACAUUGUUGGCAACUUGAAUUUCAUGACUGUGGACCAAAUGAAUAUAUGUGCGACAUUGGACAGUGUAUACCUUAUGAAUUCGUUGGGGAUGAUCAAAAAGUGUAUGAUUGUGUUGACAGAUCGGACGAGAAGGCAUUGGAUCAUGAAGACUUUCCCGUAGACUAUCAUUUUGAACCGGCUUUUGGAUACGAUGAUAUCAGAUGUGAUAAAACAUUCUUGUCCAAAUCUUGUAUCAUCUUUCGUGACUAUCUCAUCGCUGAAUCCAUGUUUUCAGUCAAAGAUCCAACCGUCUCAGACGAAUGUUGGUCGGCUUUUAAAUGCUACCUUGGCUUUCCGAAUCCAGAAAAUCUGGAUGAAUUGAAUGAUAUCGAUAGCGAAUGUAUGCCUCAAAUAAUCAAGACCUGUCCGGAUACACUCUAUGUCCCAAGUGUUCCAACAUUUUUCGGACAUAUUUAUACAGCUUACAAAAAGAACGAUACACCCAAUGACAGUAAUUAUAUUUUACCCUAUCUAUGUUCACACAGAUCCUUUCAUUUUGGAUCACUUAGUUUAGUUUUGGAUGGAUCAAUCGAUAAUAUGACAUGUUUUAAAAUUACUCAGUUCGAAGACAAAUCGUCGAAUUACAUGCCUGUCUUUUUAUUUCGUUAUUUGAUACCCAUAGGUGACAUAUACAGACAACUAACACAAAUCGAACCCAUCAUUAAUUUUCCCUUGAAUCGGUGUAAUGAUUCGCAUGUAUAUCAAUGUCAAAAUUCAUCGAAAUGCAUUUCGUUUCGUCGUUUAAUUGAUAGUGUACAUGAUUGUCCUUAUAAAGACGAUGAAAAUAUAUUUCACCAUACGAAUCCUCAAUUAUUCGAAAAAAUUAAACAUAAAUAUUACGAUUGUUAUUCUACUAAAAAAUCAAUUCCUCAAGCAGCAAUUCACAACGAAGAAUGUGAUUGUGGAUUUAGCGAACACGGCUUUUGUGAAGAUGAAGAAGAAUUCUUAAACUUUACGCGAAGAAGCAUAUUCUUUCAAAUGAUGUGUGAUCGUUUUCAAGAAAUUCAUCCAAUAAUGAUCGAUGGCAAAAAUAUGACAGAUGAAACAGAAUGUGAACAAUGGGAGUGUAAUAACAUCUAUACCCGAUGCGAUGGAAUAAUGAAUUGUUUACAUGGAGAAGAUGAAAUCGGUUGUGAUUUAUCAUCAUUAUUUAAUUGUUCGUCGAAUGAACAAAUCUGCGUCAAUAAAGAUACCUCGAAGUUUUCUUGUUUAUCCAAUAGUAAAAUGAACGAUGGCAUAGUCGAUUGUCUUGGCGGGACUGAUGAAUCGAGUAUUUGCUCAUCCGUGAGUAGUGAGGGUGGUUUUUAUUGUAUGAAUAAUGACAGUUCAAUAUGUUUGAAUGUUAUCCGCUUAUGUAAUAAUCAUAGAGAUUGUCAAGAUGGAGAUGAUGAACAAUUUUGUGUUGGAAAUUAUGGAAGUUACUCGUUUAUAUACAUUUGUGACUACGACUAUUCAAAAUUCACUUCAAAGAUCGAAAAAUUCUUGUGUAGUACGUCAAAAUUUCGUAGAAAAACAACAUUUAAACAAUUUACAAUUGAAGGAUUUCAUCAAUCAACUGAAAACGAAGUUUAUAAAAGAAUCAAUACAAAAAGUCACACACGAAUCACUUUACCAAAUGAUCGUCGUUGUCACCGUGGUCUUGAUAUACGUGUUUGGCUAAAUAGAUCAUCUAAUCACUAUACGAGUACAUGUCUGUGUCCCCCAAGUUACUAUGGUGACCAAUGUCAAUAUCAAAAUCAACGUGUCAGUUUAGCCAUUCGAUUUCAUGCUUUAACACAGUCAAGACAAAUUCAAUUUGCCAUGUUGGUUAUGCUUAUCGAUGAUACAAAUGAACGCAUGGUUCAUUCCUAUGAACAAUUUACCUAUUUAUCCAUUCGGGAUUGUAAAAUUAAAUUUAAUCUGUAUUUACUCUAUUCAACUCGGCCCAAACAAUCAAAUCGAACAUAUUCAGUCCAAAUUGAUAUUUAUCAAAAACUUUCUUUAGCGUAUCGAGGAAGUUUUCUCUUUCCAGUCAAAUUCUCAUUUUUACCUGUUCAUCGUUUAGCCUUUAGUAUUCGAAUUCCUUCAGAUAACUAUGAUGAUCAACAACAGCAAUAUGUCAGUUGUUCAAAGAAAUGUCUUCAUGGAAAGUGUUUGAUCUAUCUGAAUAUUAAAGAAACAUUUUGUCAAUGUGAACAAGGCUGGUCGGGUCAAUAUUGUCACAUUCCAUCUCAUUGUACUUGUUCGACAUCGAAUUCAUUAUGUAUUGGUGUAUCAAGUCAUAAUCGAUCAAUAUGUAUCUGUCGAGAAAAUUAUUUCGGUCGUCAAUGUUAUCUUCGAAAUCCAAUUUGUGAUACUUCACCGUGUGUAAACAAUGGAUUAUGUAUUCCGUACGAUGAUUUCAUGGUAUCGUCAACGAAACAAAAAUAUUUUUGUGUCUGUCCAAAAGGUUUCGGUGGAAAUCGGUGUGAAGUGAUUGGUACACAACUAAAUUUUAUCUUUGAGAAAAAUAUUCGUUUAUCUCAUUCGAUUUUUAUUCAUUUCUUCAACAUUCUUCUAUAUAUGGAUUCUACCAAAGUUCCGGAACUCUCACCUGUGAGAUCCACAGCUUUACAAACGGUAUCACAAAUAACUAAUUCAGUUCGAAUCUAUUGGUCAAAACCAUUUCAUCUCACUUUCAUCGAAACAUUGGAUAAGACUUAUUAUUUAACUGUUCUUCAACCGAUCUAUAAUCAUUCAAUGACAAUAAUUCGAAGAAUUAAUUCAUCGCAUCGUUGUCCAUCAAUCGGGGAAUUAGUGAAUGAAACAUUUGCUCGACUUCACGUUCUUCGUCGAAUGAAAUUGUAUCAUUUGAUUUGUCAGCAGNAGACAUGGAUAUUUCAUAAUUGUACACUACCAAGAUUCGGACCAAUGUGUCAAUAUGAAUUAUAUAACUACCGCGAGGAUCAUUCCUCCCUAAGUGAACUGAUUUAUGAUUAUUACGAUGAACGUGGUGAUCUCAUAAUGAAUUUGACUUGUUAUACACAUAUCAAAUGCAAUCGUGGUUAUUCACCUGCAUGCUUAGAUUGGACUGAAAUUUGUGAUGGAAAAAUUGAUUGUCUGGAUGGAAACGCUGAUGAACAACAUUGUUGGCAGCUUGAAUUUAAUGAAUGUCAACCGAAUGAAUAUAUGUGUGACAUUGGACAGUGUAUACCUUAUGAAUUUGUUGGAGAUGAUCAAAAAGUGUAUGAUUGUGUUGACAGAUCAGACGAGAAAGCAUUGGAUCACGAUGACUUUCCUGUAGACUAUCAUUUUGAACCGGCUUUUGGAUACGAUGAUAUCAGAUGUGAUAAAACCUUCUUGUCCAAAUCUUGUAUGAUCUUUCGUGAUUAUCUCGUCGCUGAAUCCAUGUUUUCAGUCAAAGAUCCAUCCGUCUCAGACGAAUGUUGGUCGGCUUUUAAAUGUUACCUUGGCUUUCCAAAUCCAGAAAAUCCUAAUGAAUUGAAUGAUAUCGAUAGUGAAUGUAUGCCUCAAAUAAUCAAGACCUGUCCGAAUACACUCUUUGUCCCAAGUGUUCCAACAUUUUUCGGACAUAUUAUAUUUUACCCUAUCUAUGUUCAGACAGAUCCUUUCAUUUUGGAUCACUUAGUUUAG